UGAUCACACCACUGCACUCCAGCCUGGGCAACAGAGUGAGAACCGUCUCAGAAAAACAAAACAAAACAAAACCAGCUGAAGUAGCAUAAAGCAGAAGUUAGACCCCCAUUCCUACUAGGAAUAACUGUUAUUAAAUGGUUUUAGACUUGUUAAGUAUAUGUGUGCAUGCUUGCUCGCUCUUUUGCACGUGCGUGUUGUCUCUCUCCCUCUCUCGGUGUGUAUGUGCGUAUCUAUCAUAUAUAUCUAAAUAUAUAUUCCCCCCUGCUGUUCACAGUGCUUUUUUUCAAAUGGGUAGUGUAUUAUGGGACAUUUUUUUAAUGUGAGUUUUUUUAAGCAUUUAGGACCUGGGAUGGAGCUUUGGGUUCCUUUCUCCAACCCUUGUCUGUUCUGUUAUAAUAAAGGGAUGAGAGAGGUACCUUUGAAAGACCUAAAGAAAAUACGUUUUCUUCCUUGUUACAGGGGUUUGAGUUGAAAUAAGGUUUUAGCUUUGUUUGUGAGUAAAUCAGUAGAAUACUGGAUGUUAGGAUGCAUCUAUGCACUUUAUUAUAAAUAAUGGAAGGCUGAUUUUAUGAUGUGAUCUCUUGCAGAACCUUGGGAGAAGUGGGAACUGUGAGCACAAUAAUCUUCAGAGAAUGCACAGUCCUUUGGGUAUUUGUCUACUCAUCAGCUGCUUAGUCAGAUGGAGUGUUUUCCUAAGUACUACUGAAGUGCACAGUUCAGUCUUUAUUUUGAAAUCUCUCCUUCUGCUUUCUCUCCUUCUUCCAUUACUUUGAUUACGUUGAUGGGACAUUCAAGCUGUGCAGUUGUAUCCUUUUAUUUCUAUAGCCUGCAGAAACCAGGUUGAAUAUUAACUGUAGGUGAACAGGUAAUCUUAUCUACUCGGCUAGAAAUCACUCUUCAAGAUGAAACACGUGUUGACAAAGGCCCCCUAGACUUGGGGACAUGAACAAAGAUUUUAUCAUGUGGGCAACCUGCUGCAACUGGUUCUGCCUGGAUGGACAGCCUGAAGAGGUCCCACCACCCCAGGGAGCCAGGAUGCAGGCCUAUUCCAACCCUGGGUACAGCUCCUUCCCUUCCCCAACAGGCCUGGAACCAAGCUGCAAGUCCUGUGGGGCUCACUUUGCAAGCACAGCCAGGAAGCAGACCUGCUUGGACUGUAAGAAAAAUUUCUGCAUGACCUGUUCGAGCCAAGUGGGGAAUGGGCCCCGCCUCUGCCUUCUCUGCCAACGGUUUCGAGCUACAGCCUUUCAGCGAGAGGAGCUCAUGAAGAUGAAGGUGAAGGACUUGAGGGACUAUCUCAGCCUCCAUGACAUCUCUACCGAAAUGUGCCGGGAGAAAGAAGAGCUGGUGCUCUUGGUCCUUGGCCAGCAGCCUAUAAUCUCCCAGGAGGGCAGGACUCAUGCCUCCACCUUGUCCCCAGACUUUCCUGAGCAGCAGGCCUUCCUGACCCAGCCUCACUCCAGCAUGGUUCCACCUACCUCACCCAACCUCCCCUCUUCAUCUGCACAAGCCACCUCUGUUCCCCCAGCCCAGGUUCAGGAGAAUCAGCAGGCCAAUGGCCAUGUGUCUCAGGAUCAAGAGGAACCCGUCUACCUGGAGAGCGUGACCAGAGCACCUGCUGAGGAUGAGACCCAGUCUAUUGACUCAGAGGACAGCUUCGUCCCAGGCCGAAGGGCCUCUCUGUCUGACCUGACUGACCUGGAGGACAUUGAAGGCCUGACAGUGCGGCAGCUGAAAGAGAUCUUGGCUCGCAACUUUGUCAACUACAAGGGCUGCUGUGAGAAGUGGGAGCUGAUGGAGAGAGUGACUCGGCUAUACAAGGAUCAGAAAGGACUCCAGCACCUGGUCAGUGGUGCUGAAGACCAAAACGGGGGAGCAGUACCAUCAGGCUUGGAGGAGAACCUGUGUAAGAUCUGCAUGGACUCACCCAUUGACUGUGUUCUGCUGGAGUGUGGCCACAUGGUAACCUGUACCAAGUGUGGCAAGCGCAUGAAUGAAUGUCCCAUCUGCCGGCAGUAUGUAAUCCGAGCUGUGCAUGUCUUCCGGUCCUGAGAGCUUGCAUCAGUUUCUUCAGUGCCUUACAGGGAAAUAGCCUGGGGUGUCUGGGCUCAGGGUUGGCCAGCUUGCAGAAGAGCAAGCUAGUAGAAAUACUGCAGUGUUCCCAAGACCAGGGCAAGCAAGAUGCAUGUCACCCCUGAGCAUGCCUGUCUUGCCACAGGGGUGUACCUCUUGGCUGACAAAGCCCAAGGCCAGUGGGAACUUGUAUAAAUCACAUGGGUAUGUUCUUGGUUCAGUGAUCUUGGAGUGAUGAUGGUAACUGAUGAACAGAGAACUUUCCAGAACUUGGGUCCUGUCUUUCUCCCUGAACCUAGACACAGUUUCACCCCCUCUCCUGUACCCAGCCCAUCCCCUCCCCACAUGGGAAAUGCUUGCCCAUGUGUUUCAUCAAUCAGAAGUCCUCCUGCCCAGCACAUUUGGAUUUAAAUUUCUGGUCUCUCCAGCUUUCUGUGCUUUAACUCUUUGCUAAAGUCUCUUGCUACACUGCCUAAAUCCAUUUAUUUCUUUGGACCAAAAAUGUUAGUUUACCAGACCGAUAGUGGUCCUUAGGACAGAUUUUAGACCAGUAAACUUACCUUUUGUGAGAAAUGAAACACAAAUGCUAUAGAAAAAUUUCAAAGUUAUUAAGAGUUGCUUCCUUAAAUGCUGGGAUUGGAAGCUGUUGGUCUCCUGACCCAACUCUGGGAGCCAACAAAACAUCAGGCUCCCAAACUGCUGGGAAAUUUGUUUCUGUCUGCAAGGGAGUGUGCGUGCAUAAUCCCUGCUGCUGCUUCUCUUGGGACCUGAUUUGCACCAUCCUUAGUUUAUGUGGAAAGGGGACGCAAUUGGUGGAGGCAGUGGCCUUCUGCUUAAUAUUGACUUGGCUUCUGAUCCUUUUCCUAACUCGAAGGAGUCUUAAGCCAUUUUCCCCUGAGAAUGAAAUCCCUCCCUAAUCCAUGGUAGUUUUAAAUUUGGUCUCAUUGAAGAAAUAGAUUUAGGCAAAGAGCCUGUGCUCUUCUCUGGCCAGACUUCUCUUAAAGUUCCUGGAGAGCAAACGUUAAGACAGCACUUAAGAGCUUUCAGGAGGUACUGAAUGAGACUGGAUUCUGUUGUGAGCCGACAGUUCAAGUCUUUAUUUCCCAGGUUGGUGGGGAGUAAGGAGACCCUACUUUCAUUUCCUUUCCUAGCCUACUGAUUUUUGGGGGCAGGUCAGGGAGAAAGCAUUUUCUUUUCUUUUUUUUUUUUUUUGAGAGUCUCUGUUGCCCAGGCUGGAGUGCAGUGGUGCAGUCUUGGCUUACUGCAACCUCCAUCUCCCAGGUUCAAGCAAUUCUCUUGCCUUAGCCUCCGGAGUAGCUGGGAUUAUAGGCGCCCGCCACCACGCCUGGUUAAUUUUUGUAUUUUUAGUAGAGAUGGGGUUUCACCACGUUGACCAGGCUGAUCUCCAACUCCUGACCUUGUGAUCUGCCCAUCUUGGCUUCCCAAAGUGCUGGGAUUACAAGCGUGAGCCACCACACCCAGGAGGAGAAAGCAUUUAUUCUAGGCUCUUUAGGAAGGACCAUACAAUGAGUAAGUGAUUUUUUUGAGCCCUCACAGUCUUUACACCCCUAGAGGAGCUGGAGGGCUUAAGAGUUUGCUGGAGAAGCGUGGCCAAGCACAAAACACAUUAUCAGGAGAGCAGUGUUUUCCCACUACCAAUGGAUAAACUAUGCAAACCCUAAAUGCCUUGGCAGACAACUCCCACCCCUUAUCCCUCCCAUGCAGCUGAAAAAUCUGAGACUACAGCCAAUCAUGACACUGGAUGGCAGAGGGAAACCUCUAAAGGGACUUAUUACAUUGGUACAGAUAUAUUUAUGCUUUCCUUCCAUCACCAACCACUAAACCCCUUUGGAGGAAUGAAAUAACUGCAUAAAGUAGUUGUCAGCUGAACACUGGGCCACUUACCUCAACAUUAUACAAAGUCCUGGAUGAUUUGAUUCUGAACCACAGCCUUUGCAGGAGUUGGGGGAAUCAGAUUUGCUCAUGAAGACAUCCCUUUCUGCUUUUCUCAUGGGCAGUAAAUACUAUCGUUUACAAUGCCUACCAAUUUAGCAAAGGAUCAUUCAUUCAGCUGCUCAGUUCCUCUGUAAAACAGAUCUAUGUAUGUGCAAUUCGGUUAAGAUCUAGCAGUAACUUAAGGGCAGAAGCUGGCCCUCUACUUACAACCUGCUUUCUCUGCUGAAGCCUUACCUCCUCCUCCAACCCGAAAAUAAUAUACUGAUAGCUGGUUAGUAACCUCAGUGAGAAUGAAAACUGAGGUCGUUUACUCAUUUUGCCUUUUAAGUCUUUUAUCCCCUUUUGGUGAAAGUUUCCCUUUAGGAAAAAAGGUGUCAAACAACCCUGAUUUUUUUUUUUUUUUUGGCAUCAUUUUUAUUACACCAAAUAAAAGUUGGGAGUUCCAGGAUCCCAUUCCAGUUCAUAUUUAACCAAGAUCUAAAAUUUAAUUUUUUAAAAUCUUUGAAUCUUCCCUCCUGCCCCUCAUGGAUCCUUGGUUUUAAUUAUCAUGGAAACAUCUAAUUCUUACAAUUAUUCCGUAGCUUUUGCUGAUUGCUCUGAAAUUUCAGUUAAGACUUGUUUCAAAAGACAGAUAGCUGACUGGUUCAUAAUACAUUGGAAUAGUUGGAUCCAAACUAAUAAGAGUAAGCUGUACAGGAACUAGUGCUCAAUAUACAUUGUAUAAAUUUGUGGAAAUUUCUUGGAUGUGAAUUGUUACUUCAAGUGGCUUACAUUAAGAUUUUCUCAGACUUACUUGGAGGUUAAAGCAAACCCAAAUGUGUAUUAUUUUGUUACAGAGCUCUGCUUUAUAAUUUUGUAAUAAAGUUUUAAUACAGACACC